AUGGCUGUCCCCUCAUCCGGUGUUACCAUAGACAUAAAUCAUAAUCCUGAUGGAGACAGACCUUACACGUAUGGAGGUAAUGGUAACAAAGAUGUCCAGCUUGUGAGAACUGAGGAUCCUCCUGACUCCGGCUUUUAUAGGUUCAAACACACAAAGAACGGUAGUAAUGGAAAUGCUUUCCAUGUUGAAAAAGUCAUGUCUGGAGGUAUUCAGGUUCCGGACUUAAAUCAGAGUGAAAAUAUUCUAUAUCUCGCAGUCUGGUAUUAUUCCGGAGAUAAAAAUCACAAUCAGCCCCUUCUUAUAGAAAUUGGGGACAAACAUGGUACUUAUAAGCAUUACACAACUAAGGAAAGUGGCUCUUGGACUGUAAUUGAUAAAGAGAGACCUAGUCCUCUGGAAGGUGAGCCUCUUGAACAGAAACUGGAAUAUCUUAAUUGUGAAUAUCACAAAACUGUUAGCAUAAAUCUCUCUCACAAGAAUUCUGAGACUCAUAAGAAUGGAAGGUACUGUUGUGAUAAACAUAAUGGUGAUAAUCGCGAAGGAAAGGUAACUGUUACUCCUGGAUCAGUUAAAGGGGAUUCUCAUAUUGAAUACUAUAAACACGAUGUUAAUCACAAUUUAAUAGUUUCUGGUAUCUACUACAAAGAUACUCAGGAUAAAAGAAAGAGAAUAAGGAUUACUGACCUUAAAAAUUCCGUAGAUGGCUCGGUAAAGUUCUAUACCUUUUAUUCCAACAAUGGUAGCAAGGAACCAAGACUUAUAUAUCUAGAUUCUACUGGACAACCCAAUGCUAAAGGUUGGUAUCAACCAAACACUACUGGUGAUGACAAUCAACCAUGGACAAAAUUCCAGGACAUACCUAAGGAAAUAACACCAGAUAACAUUGGAAAAGGCAAAAAUAUCAAGGAAGAGGACUCUAACAAAUAUUUAGAGACUCUGGAGUGUAAAAUCUAUGGAACCGGUGGGAAAUGUAAUGAAUAUAGGUCAUCCUCAUCUCAACUAAAUGUCGGUGGUUCUGGUCCUUCUGGACCUGAUGGUGGACCUAAAGGAGAUGAAAGUCUUAGUAAUCCUGGUCCUUCUGGACUUCAGGGACCUGCUGGAGGUGGUGCUAAUGCUGCUAGUGGUAGUGAAGAUGAUGGAGUACAAGGCCCUGGUGCUUCUACUAGUCCAUCUGGUGGAGGAUCUAAUGAUCCUGAUGGAUCUGCUUCUGAAGCUGAACCUUCUCCUGCUGGAUCUUAUGGUAAACUAGAGGCUAAAAAAGAACCUGAUACUCACUAUGUAGACUCUAGAAAGUCAAAUGUCUCAUCUACCCGAGUUACUACUAAUCACUCUCAGGGUAUAGUUCCUCACUCUCCUCUUCCUACUUCUCUGGAGCCUCUGGUAGAGCCUAACUCUCCUACUAAUGCUGAAGCUGCUGCUCAAAUUAUGAAAGCCUCAGUCCCUACUCAAGGCACUCCUAUAGGCUCUCCACUCUCUCCUCCAAACUCUAAUUCUAACACUCCUACUACUCCUAAGAUCGUUGUCUCUGUAACUACAGGCAUUCUUGGUACUUCUGCCUUGGUUUGUUUGGCGGGAUUCAAACUUUAUAAUCGCUAUAAAGGAGAUCCUUGGGUUAGACAAAUUUAG